CACACUGGGCACCAUGGACUGCCCAGGGUACAAUUGCUUCGUGGAUAAGGACAAGAUGGAUGCAUCCAUCCAGGACCUGGGACCAAAGGAACUCAACUGCACCGAGCUACAGGAGUUGAAGCAGCUGGCGCGGCAGGGUUACUGGGCUCAGAGCCACACCCUGCGGGCCAGAGUGUACCAGCGCCUGAUCCGGGACAUCCCCUGCCGCACAGUCACACCUGAUGCCAGCGUGUACAGCGACAUUGUGGGGAAGAUUGUGGGAAAGCACAGCAGCAGCAGCCUGCCCUUGCCUGAGUUUGUAGACAACACUCAGGUGCCCACCUACUGCCUGAACACACGGGGGGAAGGAGCCGUGCGCAAGAUCCUCCUGUGUAUUGCCAACCAGUUCCCUGACAUCUCCUUCUGCCCUGCCCUGCCCGCUGUGGUGGCCUUGCUGCUGCACUACAGCAUUGACGAAGCUGAGUGUUUUGAAAAGGCCUGCCGCAUCCUGUCCUGCAAUGACCCCAGCAAGAAGCUCAUUGACCAAAGCUUCCUGGCCUUCGAGUCUUCCUGUAUGACAUUUGGGGACCUGGUGAACAAGUACUGCCAGGCAGCCCACAAACUGAUGGUGGCCGUGUCAGAGGAUGUCCUGCAGGUCUAUUCUGACUGGCAACGAUGGCUCUUUGGGGAGCUGCCCCUCAAUUACUUUGCCCGUGUUUUUGAUGUCUUCCUUGUAGAAGGCUACAAAGUAUUGUACCGAGUUGCUCUGGCCAUCCUCAAGUUCUUCCACAAGGUGAGAGCAGGACAGCCCCUUGAGUCAGACAAUGUAAAGCAAGACAUCCGAAUGUUUGUCAAGGACAUUGCCAAGACAGUGUCCCCCGAGAAACUACUAGAGAAGGCCUUUGCCAUCCGCCUGUUUUCCCGCAAGGAGAUCCAACUCUUGCAAAUGGCCAAUGAGAAAGCACUGAGGCAGAAGGGUAUUACUGUCAAACAGAAGAGGCAGUUUGUGCACUUGGCCGUCCAUGCGGAGAACUUCCGCUCAGAGAUUGUCAGCGUGAAGGAGAUGAGAGACAUUUGGUCCUGGAUCCCUGAGCGCUUUGCCCUCUGCCAACCCCUCCUGCUCUUCUCGUCACUGCAGCAUGGGUACAGCCUGAACAGGUUCUAUCUCCAGUGUGAAGGACACGAGCCCACCCUCCUGCUCAUCAAGACCACUCAAAAGGAGGUGUGUGGGGCUUACCUGUCAACAGACUGGAGCGAGAGGAAUAAGUUCGGAGGCAAGCUGAGCUUCUUUGGAACUGGAGAAUGCUUUGUUUUUAGGCUGCAGCCAGAGGUGCAGCGAUAUGAGUGGGUUGUCAUCAAACACCCAGAGCUGACCAAGGCAACACCCUUCAAGUCCUCAGAGGCUGCGGCCAGCCCUUCCCUCACCAGCCCCAGCUCUUCAGACCCUGCGGAUCGACUCUCCCCUUUCCUGGCUGCCCGGCACUUCAACCUGCCCUCCAAGACUGAGUCCAUGUUCAUGGCAGGGGGCAAUGACUGCCUCAUCAUUGGGGGAGGAGGUGGCCAAGCACUCUACGUGGACGGGGAUCUGAACCGAGGGCGCACUGGACACUGCGACACUUUCAACAACCAGCCCCUCUGCUCCGAGAACUUCCUCAUCGCAGCUGUGGAGGCUUGGGGCUUCCAAGAUCCUGACACCCAGUGACAGGCUACACUGAUGGUGACUAAGCCAUCAGUGGGGUGAUGGGGCAGAGGCCCGGCUGCCUCUUCAGGGAGCAGAGAGUGAGUGAGUCACCACCCCCAGGAAAUGGAAAGGUUUGCUGUGCAGGUGGGGAUGUCAUAGCCUCCCAUACCAGGCCUGGCCCUGGCUUAGACUUAGGUCAGGACCCCUGAGCCUUCCUGCUUCUGAGCUCAAGGGCUCUCGAACCCUCAGCCCUGUCUAGCAUCUGUGUAAGAGACAACCCCUGUCCUCAUCCAGGGCCCUGGCUCUGCCAGGUAUCCUGUACCCACAAUUGCCAAGGCUACAUUUUCAUAUUCCUGAGCCUCAACCCCUUAUAAGGAAAGGGCAAAUGAACCUUCUUGCCAAAUGUGGGCCUGUGGUGCCCCCUGCUGGUGCUUUGACCCUGCAGCUCCUCUGAGGUUCUCUGGGCUACAUUUACUGCUGCCCUGAAGGAUAAGAUUGGGAAGGGCAAGAUUUGUGAGUUCUGCAGCUCCCCUAUUCUAGAUGGGAUGAGGGCUGGAGAACUGUCUUUUGUCUUUGUGUUUUUGCAGAGCCUGAAGCUCUUACUGUGUCUCAUUGCGAGUCCACACCUGAACGUGGCCUCCGGAGAGACUUUCUUUGACCAACUUGACCAGUCAACUCCAUUUCCAGAGAUCUUCUCAGAGCUGACUAGACUCAGUGAGGCCUCUGCCUCUCGUCCCUGUGGCCUCCUUGAAGUUCUGUAGUCUUAGUGACUCGUACUUUCUUUCCCUGUCACAGUGUCUGAGGCCCACCUAGCAUGGCAUGCUGGUCCCUAUUCAGCUUUCUGCCUUCUCCCCAGGCAGCCCCCCCCCACCCCCCUGUGUGACCUGCUCCCUCAGCUGUCACUGAGGCUGGCUGUGCACUGCAUCUUCUCUGUGCUACCCCUGCCCUCAUCAUAGCCUUCAGGUCUCUGGAUGUGUUUCGCGAGCCCCGUACCAGCCUGGUACACUGUAGAUGCCAAGGGAGGUGCUGCCUCUGAGGACUACAGCAAGCUCCAUUUCCUUCCUGUGACCUCCCUCACACCCUGUGACCUCCCUCAGCUGGUCCUGAGGGUCUAGGCACCACAGAGAAAGAGAGACGAAGCGGUGGCCCAAAUGGCUGUGCUGGGGCCAUAGAAGUCUGGAUCAUAAGGACAGGCACCUAGUUCCCACAUGACUGUGUGGCGUGCCUGAGAGUCAGCAUGUGCCAGGCCAGUGCUUGUCUCCACACCGAGACUCACUUUUGCUGUGGAAGGCUCAUCCUUGCCUGUUCCAUUCACUUACAUGAGUUCUCGUCAGGCCACAGCGGCAGAAGAGGAAGGGCAGGAAGGAGCCUCGUGUAACUUGGGCUACCUGGUAAAUGCACCUAGAACAUUGGACUCUGCACAGUGGACCAGUUCUCCUACCAUGCUGGCUUCCAGGAUGGGUUGGCAUGACUCAUGCUGGAAAUAGGAACUGCUGUUGCCUUGAUGCCCUGUCCUCUGAGCCCACUGCCCAGACCUGUACCUCCAACUUCGGUGUUCAUUUAAGACCAUCUUGAUUUUUGGUCAUUGUUGUUUCUGGUAAUAUCUUACUAGUUAGCCUAACUGGCCUGGAACUCCCUAUGUGGCCCAGGCUAGCCUGGAAAUUGCUGUGUAGCCUAGGUUGGACUCAAAAAUCAUGGUCUCCCUCAGCCUCCUAAGUGCUAGGCGUCUAGGUGUUGGGCCUAGCUGUUGCUGUUUCACUGAUUCUUUUUGAGUUCUGAGUCGGGCUCCAGGCAGAAGGCCCCCAGGACGUCCCGGGCUCUGCCGUCUUGCUGCUCACACACAUAUUACCACAGAGACUAGAAGCCUUUCAGAAGCAAUGAAGUUAACUGGGAGUACAUGCAGGGUUCUGCAGGGCUCGGCGGGUGUCGUGCUCUGUGUGGCCCCCACUGGCAGCCCCAGGGUCCAGCCCACCCAAGCAGAUUGAUGGAAGCUUAGUCAUGAUUACAUCAUAAGCAAAGAUCUUAGCUUUUCGCCCACAACAUACUCACUCCGUUCUUUAAAUUUAAUGUCCUUUUUUUCUGACUUUUCUACCAAAAGGUGUGUACCAUUUUCUUUAUAUUUUUUAUUCUUAUAACUGUUCUUAUCUAAUACUAAGUGUUCUCACUUAGUAUUUAUUUUAUUAAUGUUUUCUAUUAUUUAUUAGCUUUUGAUGUUAAAAAAAAAAAGCCAAAAUGUGAUGGCAUAGUAUAAUUUAGCAGCAUUUAAACAUUUGUUCUUAAAACAAAUACUUAAUCUAAUUUAAGCCCAUUCAUUCAACUAAAUAAGUUUGUUAAUAUAUACCAUAUGCCUCUGGGGCCUCAGAAAACCAGUUUAUACCUUGGUUUGGUUUAGUUUGUGACAAGAAAGUCAGUUUCAUGCAGCUCAGGCUAGCCUUGAACUAACUAUGUAGCUGAAGCUAUUCUUGAAUUCAUUUUCCUGUUUCCAUCCUCUACAUAUUUAGAAUACAGGUGUGUGCCACCAUGCCUGGUGAUAAUCAGCUUAUUUUUAAAAUAAUUUAUGAUGCAACACUAGGUGUUUGCAUUUUAAGAAUAUAUAUAUGUAGUGUGUAUGUAUGUGUAGUGAUAUAUAUGUGUGUGUGUGUGUGUGUGUGUGUGUGUAUAUAUAUAUAUAUAAUGUUUUUGUUUUUCAAGACAGGGUUUCUCUGUGUAGCCCUGGUUGUCCUGGAACUGACUCCAUAGACCAGGCUGGCCUCUGACUCACAGAUGCACCUGCCUCUGCCUCCUGAGAGCUGGGAUUGAAGGUAUGUGCCACCACCAUCCAUCCUAAUUUCUCUAUUUUAUUAUUAAACUAAAAUUACUAUUUAAUUUUUCCUAUUUUGAUAAGCUGCCUGCUUUUAUUUUCCAGCUUUUCAGAGCAGUUUGUUUUAGAGGAUUCUGAAUUUCAGACCUUUAAAUGUCCUUUACCCAUUUUCUGAGUUCAUAGAGGUUUUCUGGUCUCCUUAAAUAGUUUAUAUUUGACAAUUUAGGUUUUGCACCCAUUUUUUUUUUUGAGAUGCUGGGGAUUGAAUCUAAGACUGUAUACAUGUUAGGCAAGUUCUCUACCACUAAGCCAUGUCCUUAGUCAUACAUUUAUAUAUUGAACUGAUUUUCAGUUUACAUCAGAAUUACCGAGAUGGAAUUUCUUGUCCACUAUAAACAUCAAGAAACAAGAGGCCUACUGACAGACCCUCAACCCAUUACUCAGAAGGUAGAGGUGGGGAUCUCAGUGAGUUUGAGGCCCUCCUGUUCUAUGUAAUGUGCUCCAGACCAGCCAGGGUUACAUAAUAAGACCUUUUCUUAAUAUAUAUGGGCUGGGAGGUAGAGAGAAGGCCCUGCAGUUAGAGCACUGGGUCUUCCAGAGGACCUAAGUUCAGUUUUCAGUAUCUGUGUGAUGGCUCACCGCUAUCUACAACUCAGUUCCUAGGGAUCUAGGCCCUUUCUUGGCCUCUGUAGGCACUGUGCCAAUGUAGAACACAGACACAGUCAAAACCCAUACACAUAAAAUAAAAAUGAAGGAAAAGCCGGGCAGUGGUGGCGCACGCCUGUAAUCCCAGCACUCUGGGAGGCACAGGCAGGCGGAUUUCUGAGUUCGAGGCCAGCCUGGUCUACAGAGAGAGUUCCAGGACAGCCAGGGCUACACAGAGAAACCCUGUCUCGAAAAAACAAAAACAAAAACAAAAAAACACAAAAAUAAAAAAUGAAGGAAAAGAUAAAACAGAAGUUAUUGUGUGCAGUGCCCCUGACUGGACCACGAGCCUUGUUUUUCCACUGAACAGGAAUAUAUGCAGUUUUACAGGGACCUGCUCUCGCAUAUCUUCACUAAUUCUAGAAAGUUGUAGAUUGUGCUAGUUGUUUUGUUCUUAAGCCACCACUGAGGUUGAAGUUCUGUAGCAGCUACCUCAGAGAGCUCCUCCUUAGCUCUCUUCAGGCUCGUGUGGCAAUGUUAUUAUGUCAAGCAUGAGUGCCAAACAGGCCUUACACACUUCUUUACCCACAGUACUAGUAUCAGGCUGGAACGCAUGUGAAGUGUAAAGAUACUUUUGCUAUUAAGAUUUGUGCCUGGGACUGGUGUGUGUUUAUAAUCCCAGCACAUGGACAGUGGCGGCAAAAGAAUCAAAUCAUCCUUAGUCACAGAACAAGUUCAAGCUAGCUAUGGCUAUAAGAGACCCUGUCUCAAAAAACAAACAAACAAACAGCAAACAAAUAGACAAAUAAAUGGACCUUUUUAUGACCUCCCUUAUUACCUCAGUCUCUGAUUGUGCUGUCAUUAGAUGCAGUGUCUCAUGGUUACACUGUUCUAAACAAAAUGAUUGUUGUUUGCAAGCUUGGUCAUUUUAUUGAUCUGCAUGGAAAUUGUGAACACAGUAUCUAGGACUAAGGAAGCAGCCAAUGGACACAUGGACAGGCUAACCUGUGACAUGUCAGAAACCAAACAAACAAAAGAUUUUGCUGUAGACUUUGGCAUGCAUUGGUGUGUCACUUGUCUGCCCUGCAGUUGCUGCCUGGCCCUGCUUUCCUAUGUGAAGAGACCAGAGCACCUCUGCUGUGCAUUACACCACAGCAGUGGACAUGUGCUCAGGAGCUUAUAUGCUGACAUAGAUGGCUCAUGAGAGCACUGGCUGGGUGGUGCAUGCCUUAGUUCUAGUACUCAAGAGGCAAAGGCUGGUGGAUCUUUGAGUUCAAGGCCAGCCUGUCUACAGAGUGAGUUCUAGGAUAGCCAGGGCUACUCUGAGAAAUCCUGUCUCUGGCGGUAUGGUGGGGGCAUUGUCUGCUUGUCCAGAUAAUCCAGGUUUGAUUUUCAACACCUAAAUUGUGGUUCAGAACCAUCUGUUACCCCAGUUCCAGGGGAUCUGACAGCCUCUUCUGGGCUAUUUGAACACUGCAUGCAAGUAGUGCACAGACAGACAUGCAGACAAAACAUAAGCAUAAAAUAGAAAUAUAGGUUAGAAAAGGUUCGUAAGCUGAAGACGAAAGGGGAAGAAGUUCCAAGCAUAAUUUUGCCUUUGAAAUCUUGUAGUUAUGGAUUUUGACAAAUGGCCACCAAUUAGGAGUCAUGGUGCACACUGUCAUCUCAGCACUCAGGAGGCUGAGACACUGAGCUCGCAAGCAUGAGGCUGGUCUGACUUAACAGUUUCAGGCUGACCUAGCUUACACAGCGAGACCUUAUCUUUAAAGAAAGAAACAACAGAACACAGUGUGGCCCCCAGCUGACCAUGUGGAGUCUGCAUGAGUAGCCGACUACUCAUGCCUACAAAGCAAGUGUGGACCUGCAGCAGUACACAACUCUGUGAUGUGAAAACCAGUGAUUUGGUGAUGUUUGUUAGUGUUAAUAUGUUUCCUAAAUAAAAUUAGUAACCGUGAA